AUGUUCGGAGGUUAUGGACAUAAUGGACUAUUUCUCAUGGACUGUACUAUAAGGAGGUUUUUCACAAAUGGAUUUGGUGGAAAGGCGUUAGUGACUUUCAAGGAAAUGCAAUUGGCAGGCGAGAAGAUGGCAACGUACGGUUUGUGUGUCUCAAAUCUUGCACCCAAAAUCACAAAAGUAAUUCUUCUAAGCCUGGGGUUGGAUGCCAAAGCUUUCUACCACUCCCACUUCGAAAAGUGCACAUCAAGAUUGCGCAUAAACGGCUACUCAUCGGAAAAAAAAGAUAUCGAGGAGGAGACACUUGGUUGUCAUGAAGAUAUCGGGUGCCUCACAAUCCUUUACCAAGAUAAUGUGGGAGACCUUCAAAUUCGGUCUCAGGAGGGCGAGUGGUUAAACGUCGAACCUCCGUCUCAUUCAUUUGUUGUAAAUCUAGGGGCGUCCCUCAAGGCGUGGAGUAAUGGCGAAUACCGCAGCAUAGCUCAUCGUGUUGUUUGUAAAGGGUGGAUAGAUCGUAUGUCGACUGCCUUAAUCACUGCCUUUCCAAUGGAGAGGGAAAUCUGGGCGCCUGAAGAGCUUGUUGACGCCAACAAUCCAAGGCGUUACAAGCCUUUCAUAUUCUCGCAAUUCAAGCAUGACUUUCAAACCAAUAAAGAAUGCAAAAGAUAA